UUCCUCCAGCUUUAUGUACGUUCGUCAACGAUCAUCAGUGUUGGCCCUUGUUAUUGGUCGGUCCUUUUCGAUUUUUCAGACAGAUGGCUGACUCGCACUGUAACGUCUUGCCACGAGAGACGCCAGCCUUGGCUUUAUCGCUUCCUCUAUCGCUUUGCUGGGCUGGUCGUCUCUUGGAGCGAAGUACUCGCGAGUCCGGCCCGAUACAUUUCCUCGUUGAUGCCUCACAGCGGCUGACACGAAAAAAAAAUUGGACUUCUGGAGCAUUGUCAGCCACUGUGCCUGUUGGUGAGGCCCUCCAGCAAACAUUAAAUCAUCUGUCCAAAUUUCGCAUUCGUACGAACUUUGUUUCGGUGCUCCUACCGGUAUUUGCAAUAACAAACGCCUUACCGACAAUACUGGCGUCUCUGGCGGUAUCACACGAAUGCAAGCUCAAUUAUCAAAUGUCGACACCGCAUCCGCCUUUGUAGGUUGCAGCCAUGAUCAGCCCCACAGUACAUUGUCCAUUGCUGAAAGAAACCAUUCACAUGCCGUGGAGCCCGCACAAACGGUUUAACGCGGGGCAACUUGGCGUUACAAUGUUUCCGAAAAGCCAUCAUUAAGCACAAGUGAGGUUUCCGAAGACGUCUACACCGACUCUGUCAGCUCUCGCGCAGUAGUCGAAUUGUGUUUCGGUGCAGACGCAGAUAGAGUUGAUGCAGAUCCGAGUGUUGACCGCUGGA